AUGGGCAAAAGUUUUGUCAUCAAUGCAAUUAAAUACUUAAAUUGUUCAAGAUCGGGUUUUGUGGAGGUCGAUGGUCGCCAAUGUCUUGAAAGGAUAAGGCACGAGAAAGAAGAAGAAGAAGAAGAAGAAGAAGAAAAAGAAGAAGGAGAAGAAAAUAUAAAUGUUAAAACACUGUCAUGCAAACAAUGUCGAACUCACGUGAGAGCAGCCGGCAGACAGAUUUUCACAGAGUUCCUCAGGUCAGAGUACAGUGAGGAGAACAUGUUAUUCUGGCUGGCCUGUGAAGAGCUGAGACAGGAAUCGAACCCUGUGAUGAUAGAAGAGAAAGCAAGGGUCAUAUACGACGAUUACAUCUCCAUCUUAUCUCCGAAAGAGGCCCAACUUCAAAUCUUCACCCUCAUGAAGCGAGAUUCCUACCCCAGGUUCCUCGCCUCCAACCUCUUCAAGCAACUUCUCCAGAAGAACAACGUUCCACAGCAGCAGCAGCACCAGCACCAAACAUCCUCAUCCAACAUUCAACUUCACCCGCCACAACCGACGACAAAUGCAACGACUACUUUAGUUGCAAACAGUUUAUCUUCUUGA